AUGCAAAGUAAUGCGAAAUUACUAUUAGGAGUCUUCAUUGCGAUAUUUUCAAUUGAAUAUGAUCAUUGUUUACCAUCGAACUUCAGGGGGUAUAAAUUAUAUGACAUUGAAGUGAAGUCGACUGAAAAGGCACAUUUUAUGCGUAGUAAAAUUGCUGCUAGUGGUUACGACCAAUUGUUUGCAUCGAAAGAUUUUAGUAAACCCUGGAAAGUUAUCGUUCCUCCAAACGAGCAAAAGCUCUUCGAAUCUGAGCUCCGCAGGAACUCGAUUCACUUCAGGGUCGAAGCACUUGAUUUGCAGGAAUAUGUCUCCAACGUGCUUAGAAAGUCUAAAAACUCUAAAGAUCUACAUGGCAGUGUUAGUUUCGAUAAAUUCUUAAGCUACGAAGAGAUAAAUGCUUAUCUAAAGAAAUUAGCAAAAGAUUUUCCAGAAAUAGCGAAAGUGGAAGUUAAAGGGAAGUCAUAUGAAGGAAGACCAAUUCUGGGGAUUCACAUUUCAUACAAACCCGUCCCCCAAAAAGUAAUUCUUAUAACCGGAGGGAUACAUUCCCGCGAGUGGGCUUCGCCUGCAUGCGCUUUAUAUAUUAUAUAUCAAUUGGUUGAGAAAUCGAAAGAAAUGGAUGAUUUUUUGAAAAAUUUUGACUGGAUUAUCCUGCCAAUGACAAAUCCCGAUGGUUAUAUUUACUCGCUUACUACAGACCCAUUUUGGAGAAAGACGAGGUCGCCACAGGGAAACGAUUGCUUCGGAGUUGAUGUUAACAGGAACUUCCCUUUUCAUUGGAGUGAAGAAGGAGCUAGUGAUUCGCCUUGCUCCAGCCAGUACAGAGGGAAACGAGCCCUUUCAGAAACAGAAACUCAAACAGUCCGAAAAUUACUAAUGUCAGCGAAGGGAAGGUGUUCAUUCUAUUUAGAUAUUCACUCUCGCGCGGAAUGUAUCCUUAUUCCAUGGGCAUACACAACACAACAUAUUCCAAAGUACGAUUCUGUAAAAGAAGUUGCGUUGGCCGGUGCAAAAGCAAUUUUGAAUGCUACUUCGACCGAAUUUAAAGUGGGCAGCGCGGCCAACAUCCUAUAUAUAGCUUCUGGAAGCAGUAUAGAUUAUGCAAUGGGAAUAGAAAAAGUACCAUUCGCGGUAGGAAUGGAACUAAGCGGGCCCGGAUUUCAUCCUCCUCCCGAAAAAAUCAAAAGUAUAGUCAUCGAGGGUUGGGUAGGCUUAAAGGCCAUGGUUGCCCAGCAUGAGCAAGUGCAAAUUGCUACGCUUAACAUGGGGUUAGUAUCGGAAUCAGUGCUUCAUCAAAAUUUUCUUCUAAUAUACGUUUUUAAGUGGUCAAUUUCUAGAUUUUCCGAAUUUGAGUAAACUAUAUGUCUACGUUUAUACAGAAUGAAACUUCAGAAUAAAAUUUUAUUUAAUUGUGA